CGAGCAUAUUCGGAAGCCUUCGCCUGGCAGCUGCAGCACACCAUAAACAUACAUUCUGUCAGUCAGUCGUCUCGUGCACGUGCAAGAUAGACAAUCACUGUGUCAGUCGAUCGGCAAAGGACGUUAUAUUAGACAUUCGAGAUAGUACGCGAGUUUAUUUAUUCACUUUCUGGUAUUACUAUAAAUUUUGCGAUAUAUCGAUGAUUCGAUUAAACUGUGCUAUCAGCUUGUAAUAUAUCAAAUACGUUAACGGGGAUGAAGAUAUAUCGGAGUACAGAAACUGCUACGAUGCAUUCACCUCCGAAUAUUCUUCGUGGCCGUUCGGUUAAUAAAACAAUUUGAAUUGCUUGACAAUGAACGAUUAAGAUCUGCACACUACCAAAAUCCAAUCAACAGUUCCACAUUGAGAUAAUUCCAAUAUGGAUGGGUCAAUUUCGUCGAAAGGUCGAGGCACUAUCGGCAGAUCGUGACGUAUGUGCCAUUUACAAAUGCGUGAAUUGUAUCUGACUGUUAAACGUAUGCUGUUGCAAGGAGAAGAGUCCUGAUAAUACAGCUAACAAAACAUCUGCGAAUAAUGACGGGAUUUAAAGCUGUUUGCGUUGAGGCGCUCGGGCAGUCACGAAGUGUCUUGAGGAUAGCGUUAAGUCAAACCGAAGAGAUGUUCCGUUUAGCUGUAUCUAAGUUGACAAAGAGGAACGCAAAAUUGCACAGUAGAACCUUACUCACGAAACCUGACGAAGCAUUGAAUUCUUCUAAAACUACGGUAACAGUUCCUGAAUAUGCGGAUGUAGUAAUAAUAGGUGGGGGUACUGCUGGCUGCAAUGCUUUAUAUAGUUUAGCCAAAAAUGGAGUACGAGCUGUGCUCUUGGAAAGAUCAAAAUUAUCAUCAGGUACAACAUGGCAUACGGCUGGUCUUAUAUGGCGAUUACGACCAAACGAUACAGAAAUCGAGUUACUCGACAUUACAAGAAAUAUUUUGAUGAAUUUGGAAGAGGAAGCAGGAAUGAAUUCAAUAUGGAUAAACAAUGGAGGAAUCUAUAUCGCACGAUCUGACAUGAGAAUCCAGGAAUAUAAGAGACUAGUCACUGUUGGCAGAUCUCAUGACAUAGAAGCACAUAUAAUAUCGCCCCGCGAAGCACAGGAAUUAUUUCCACUUUUGGAUCCAAACGCAUUCACUGGUGCAAUGUACACACCCGGUGAUGGUGUUGUGGAUCCUGCCACGUUGCUAGACGCCUUAACUAAAUCUGCCAAAAGCAAUGGAGCUCAGAUUAUAGAAGACUGUCCAGUCACGAAAAUACUGACAGACAAAAACAUGUUUGAAACAAAACGUGUAACUGGUGUAGAAACUCCUUAUGGUUUGAUCAAAACUAAUUGCGUUUUGAACGCUUCGGGAGUAUGGUCGAGAAGCACAGCGAAAAUGGCAGGAUUGGACAUACCAUUGAUACCAAUGAAACACGCUUAUGUCAUUACGGCACCAUUGGAGGGAGUUCAGGGUUUACCAAAUAUUCGGGAUCACGAUGGGAGCGUUUACUUCCGUAUUCAAGGGUCAUCGCUAUGCGUUGGAGGAUACGAGCCCAAUCCGAUAAUUUUACAAUGUGUUCCUAAAAACUUUACGUUUGACUUGUAUGAGCUUGAUUGGAAUGUGUUUAGUACACAUACGACAGAAAUUAUUAAGCUUGUGCCAAAAUUUUCAACAGCUGGUAUAAGAACUACCGUAUGCGGUCCAGAGAGUUUUACACCUGAUCACAAACCGAUCAUGGGAGAGGAUCCACGCUGCUUGGGUUUCUAUCACAGUUGCGGCUACAACAGCGCUGGUAUGAUGUUGGGUGGUGGUUGUGGGGAUCAAAUAGCCAAAUGGAUAAUACAUGGUCGACCAGAUAAACAUAUGCAUAAUUACGACAUAAGACGGUUCACACCAGAACAGACGAGAGAUGCAAUUUGGGCCAAUGAAAGAUCUCACGAGUCUUACGUGAAAAACUACAGUAUUGUAUUUCCACACGAUGAACCACUCAGUGGUAGAAAUUUUAAAACAGAUCCAUUUCAUCAUCUACUCGUAAAAGAAGGUGCCGUUAUGGAAGAACGUCAAGGUUGGGAAAGGCCAGGAUGGUUUUUAAGUGGAAAAGUAGCACCAGUGGCUGCUUAUGAUUAUUACGGCAAUUACGGUUCACCAAAACAUCAGGAAUAUCCAUAUGCCGAAAUGCUUGCUAGAGAGUAUACAUUUGACUUUCCGGUGCAUCAUAAAAUUAUUGGCGAAGAAGCUUUGGCGUGCAGAAACAACGCAGCACUAUUUGAUAUGUCAUACUUUGGAAAGUUUUAUCUGUGUGGUCCAGAUGCGCAGAAAGCUGCAGAUUAUCUUUUUACUUCGAAUACUGAUCGUGAUAUUAAUAGGACAGUAUAUAGUUGUAUGUUAAAUAAAAAUGGUGGUGUCGAAGCCGAUUGUACAGUAACCGCCAUUGAAACUGGUUCCGGCGGUGUUGCGGAUCCAAUAUUUAGAGGAAAAGCAUUUUAUAUUGUUUCAGGAGGCAUGUCGGCAUAUCAUACAUGGUGUCACAUGAAGAAUGUAAUACGAGAACAGGAUUUCAAAGUGACCUUACACGAUGCAACGGAACAAAUAGGAAUACUAUCUAUUCAAGGGCCUAACAGUCGGAGGAUACUUGAGACAAUAGUCGAUGAGGAACUUUCGAAUGAAAAAUUUCCAAUGUUGACCUCAAAGUUAAUGAAUAUCAAAGGAAAUCUAGUCAGGACACUCAGGGUUAGUUUUGUUGGCGAAUUAGGUUUCGAAUUACACAUUCCAUCUCAAUUAUGUGAAAACGUAUAUGCAGCCGUAAUGGCGGUUGGAAGAAACUACAAAAUGAAACUUGCUGGUUACCGAGCACUUUACAGUCUGAGUAGCGAAAAAGGGUAUCAUCUGUGGCAUUACGAUCUAAGAACAACUGAUAAUCCGAUAGAAGCGGGCCUUGGAUUUUUGUGUCGGAAAAAUGGCGAUUAUCAGGGUAGAAAAGCUGUGAAAAAGCUCAGAGAAAAUGGAGUUAAGAGAAAACUGGCACACUUUCAUUUAAAACACCAAGUGCCAUUGUGGGGCCUGGAAACUGUUUAUAGGGAUGGUCAAAUUGUUGGAUACCUAAGAAGAGGAGAGUACGCUUAUGCACUGGAAAAAAGCAUUGGGCAAGCAUAUAUAAAACAUCCCGAAGGUGAGAACGUGACCAAACAUUUUUUGGAAAAUGGUGUCUAUGAAAUCGAAAUAAUGAGAAAGAGGUAUCCAGCGACGAUACAUUUACAGAGUCCUUUUGAUCCAGAAAAUAAGAGGCCUCUAGGCGAGUACAGUAGUAGUUAGCAUUGAUGUAGUUUUAUAUAUUUAUGAAGAAAUGAACGUAUUUACAACAGAAAGAAGUAGAGUAUCAUUACAAUAGGUAUGAAAAAGUGAAUUCGGUGAAACCGAAACCGGUGAAAAAAAUACAUUCAUAGCAUCAAGAAUCCUAUAUUCCUUGAAGCAGAGUAGUUGAAAAUCAAGCAGAUUGAAUAAUAUAAUACUUUUAUUCUAUACAUUAGUCUGUUUAAAAUAUAUUGCAAUCUGAACGUCACCAAGCGUUGCUGACAAUUAAGUGUUAUGAGAAAUGUUCAACAUUCUAAAUUACUAUCCAUAAUUUAAGUAAAUUUGUUGACCAUUUUUCAUAGCGCAGUCGGAAUCAGAAUACGCUUUGGUAAGUAACAUGUUUAAACUUCUGUAGCUGUUUCUAAAUUAGACUAUUCAUUUGAUUUUUUUUUAAGAUUUCAUCCAGUUCUAAAGGAUUUUUAGGGGCUCGUGAUGUAAACAACAAAUAAAUAAAGUUGAGUAAAACAUUUGCAAAUAGUCUCGGCACUAAGGAGAUACUGGUAUAAGGAAUAGCAUUGUGGAACUUUGUCUGUGGGCAUAGGAUAUAAACUGGAAUCAGCAUGGAAGUUGUGGAGGAAAUUGAUAUGCCAUAGAUUUCGUUUUAGACAUAGAAUAUGCGAAAACUGACCCUCUGUACUAUUAUCUACUCUAUGAUAUCGGAACGGUUUUUUUUUGUAGUAACGCAUUUGGCAAAUUAUUAUAAUCAUUGCAUAUUCACAAAAAGAAAAUGUAUAGAAAUUUAUAUGAUUAUUCUUUUAUAUGCAGGUUUCAAACAGAGUCAAUUUUAAAGUUAUAGAAAAGGGCAGGCUAGACAGAGCACAAAACAGAUAUGUUUAUUCUCAAACUUUUUAAAGAUGAAUUUUUAGAAUUUAAAUAGAUUUAGAUAGAUUUUUUAUGUAAACGGAAUUUAUCAUCGAUGAAUAGAUCAAAUAAUAUUGUUUUAAUAGAACUUCAAAAGUAAGCAAGAGAUGUAACUGUAAACAAACAAAUUCUAUGCCUAU